AUGCAAAGGGAACGUCCGCUAUUGUGGCUUUGCGUCUGGGCCAACGGUUGUAAAUCCGUGGCACAGCAGCGCGCCAUUGAGGUCAGAAUUCGUGAAACGUUAGCGCAAAAGGUUUUGGUAGACCUAGAAAGAAACCUGGACCUUCUACUUGGACUGAUCGCCUAUCUCUCUUGGGCGUCCGAUAAGUACAGUGGUAAAUCUAUUCUGGCCGUGUUUGCCAAUAUCGCCAUGUCCCUUUUGUCCGACUUGAAACUUGACAGGUCCUUUCGAGAGUUCCCCUGUCGAGAAUUAGAUGCACCCAAAGCAUUUUCUCACCCCAUCAAGGAAACGGUUCAGUUAAACCACCGCACGAAUGAGGAGCGGCGAGCAGUCCUUGGAUGCUACAUUAUCUGCACCACGAUUGCUUGGUUCUUGAAAAAUAGGCCUGUGCAAUGGACGGUGCAUAUGGAGGGCUGCCUGCAAGACCUCGGCGAACACCCUGAAGUACCCGGGGACAGAGUACUUGUAAUUCUCACCCAGCUGUCAAAAUUGAAGAGCGACCUCCAUCAGGUCUCGACUUGGCGACAGAUUGAGGAUCCUUGCCCGCAGACAAAGUCGCACCGGACCCUUCACGUCAAAUCUUUGGGAGGUGUUCUGGAUAAGAUCAAAUCGUCUGCUCCGCCAGAGAUUUUGGGGAAUAAAAUUGUUCUGUCAUAUGUGUAUUUCACGGAGGCCUUGAUCAACGAGCUGCCUUUGUACCCGGUAGAAAUGCCCCAACAGAUGGGUUGCUUCGACUUUGGAAGGACAGAAUCCUUCUUUGCAUGCCUACAAGCUAUCAAACACUGCAUAGAAAACUUUGUCACCUUCGCUCCAGAGGCUGUUCAUUCCCACACCAUGAUACUACAUCUUCAUUUUAGUCGAUGCACCCAUAUUCUCUACCGUCUGUCACUUAUGGAAGACCCGUCAUGGAAUCGUGGCGAUAUACCACAUAUUAUCGACGUUCUGAGAUCAAUCGAGCAAUGCGCAUCUCUUUAUGGGUCUGUACCGGCAGCCAUUGGGAUGGACACGGAUGGGAGCGACAUGUACACCCAAGCAGCAGAGAUUUUGAGAGCUACGAUGGCUCUAUGGCGGAGGAAGUUUGAAGAGGCUGGUGUAAUUCCACCCACUACGAAAGAUCAACAUUCAGACAGCAGUACUCUUGAAGCAGAUGAGGGCAUUUUUUAUCUACCAGCCGAUGGCUGGUUUGCAGACAUCUUUCACUGGAGCGAUCCUUUCCAUAUCGACACUUGA